CGUUCGUGGCGAGAAGCAGAGAGAGGAGAGAAAUCCAGAGACGCCUCGACCCCUCCAUCCCGAUCAAGGCGAGAAUUCGUCGGCGACGAUGCUGCGCGCGGCGGGGAAGCGUCUCCUCGGCGUUGGGCUGCGCCCGGCGGGCGGCGGCGCUGGAGAGGCGGCGGCGGCGGCGGCGGCUUCGGCGGUGGCCGUUGUGAGGAGGAGGGGGUACCACGAGCGGGUGGUGGACCACUACGACAACCCGCGGAACGUGGGGACGUUCGACAAGGACGACCCCGACGUGGGCACGGGACUCGUCGGCGCGCCGGCGUGCGGCGACGUCAUGAAGCUGCAGAUCCGCGUCGACGAGGAGUCCGGUAGGAUCGUGGACGCCUGCUUCAAGACCUUCGGGUGCGGCUCCGCCAUCGCCUCCUCCUCCGUCGCCAGUGAGUGGGUGAAGGGAAAACAAAUGGAGGAUGCAGCUUCAAUCAAGAACAGUGAGAUAGCGAAGCAUCUAUCGCUUCCGCCUGUAAAGCUCCACUGCAGCAUGCUUGCAGAGGAUGCAAUCAAGGCCGCCGUGAAGGAUUAUGAAGCGAAGAAGGCAAAGUUGGAUAAGGGGAACGAGUAGACAUCCUAAAGAGAGAACAGGGGAUAGUCCAGUAGCAUAGCAUGUACUAGUAUCAUAAAAUGUGUGAUGAUGUUUAUAUUGCCACGGAAAUAAACGCAUGCAACGUUAUAGUUUGUAUUAGGCAAAGCCUGCCCCUGGCAGCGGUUCGUCCAGCUAUAGUACACCACAUGUUGUCGAAGGUGUACACGAAGGUAUGCAAAACUUGCCAGUGUCGUUUGUACCCAAGUUCUGUACAUGAAAAGUGCUUGAUACUGGUGAGUCUAAUGUAGAAAAGGCGUUUAACCAACCUGUAAAUGAUACAGUACCCUAGUAUUGUAGUACUUCGUCCGUUUCACAAUGUAAAACUUUCUAGCAAUACACACAUUCAUAUA